GGGGGAGGAGGAUGUCCCUCUCUUCCUUUGUUGCUGCGACGGCGGCCAUCCUGCUGGUCGGCCCCUCCCUCGCACAGGACAGCAACCUCAAGAGGCCCAAGCCCCAGGGAACAGUAAGCCAAAAUGGCACUCGAGCAGCAGAGUGUGAACCGACGGCAGGUGGGCAUCUCUUUGCACACACACAAACACACGCCAUCGCUGGCUUUGGAUUCAUUCGUUGGUUGCAGAGGCGUGUCGGUGCGCGGUGGGGUCUGCGUUGUGUAAGACCAUUCUGCCCGAGAUGGGCCUGUGCGUGCAGGGCGACAGUUGCCUAGUGCCGGCUCUCAGGUGCGAGAGGUGCAACCAAGGUGAGGAGCCCAGGUGGCCGGGUGGGCUGUUGUGGUGUGAUCCAACUCUUCCUGGCUCUUUUCUCUCGGCCGCAGGGAGGAGAGGGACCUGCCUAACCCCCCUUGGUGGUUGCAACAGCAUCGCCGAUUGCGAGGAACCCUGUACUAGGUGCUCAGGCAACGGCCUUCUCGCCGGCCAGUGCUGUGAGCAAACAUCCCACGCAACACGGGAUCAUGUGACCCAUAUCGCCUACGUGGCCUUGUUCUUCUUGUCUGUCUGUCGUGUGUUGUGUGUCUUCCUGUGUCUUUCUCUUCUGUCUGUCGUGUGUCCAGCUUGCCCAGCUGGCGGCUGCAACCCCGUCUUUCCCGUCCCACCCCCCGACCCUGACCCUGAUGACCGUCGCGACAAGGUCAACACGAGCAGGACAGUGCGAGACGAGUCGCCGGACGCUGAGGCCACCACACCGCCUCCAGCCGACUCGAUAACGGACUGAGCAAAGAUGGAUCGGGAUGGCUGUGCGCUUGCUACAGUAUGACAUGUUUGGACUGUGUGUCUAGUGAAUG